AUGGUAAGUGAUAAUGAGUGUCAGACGCAGAAUCUCAUAAUCCCUAGUCAGCGUGCAGUUGCUAUAGACCUCCGCUUUGUGUUGUGUAUUCUCCAAGAGAUUCAAAUGUUACAGAAAAACAAUGGUAGGGCAGUCGACCAUCUCCUGCAGAGAGGCCAAACCAUUGUUCUCAUCCAUGUAAAAGCCAGACGCUGCAACUCGACUCCGCCCCGGUUUAACCAAUUUGCUGAAAGCAUUGGUGGUUUACCAUUUGUGUGUAAACAUCCCGACCCUCAGACCAGGGAAGUUUUUCUUCCUUUCCGUUGCUUCUGCACUCGUAAGGAUAUACGAUGCAAGGAUGUUGUUCUUGAAGAAACUAACGUAGCUAAAGCAUUGAUUGAAUAUACCACACAUGCUGUAAUCGAGGUUCUUGUAAUUGGUGCCUCCACAAGAUUAUGUUUUCUCAAAUUUAAAGCACCGGAUAUCACAGGAACCGUAUCAAAAAACGCACCAGACUUUUGUAGUGUUUACGUGAUAUCCAUUAACAAAAUUUCAUCCAUGCGAUCGGCUUCCCGUCCUGCUCCACCUAGCCCCCCAUUGCGCAAUCAAAUUCUUAACCAGUCCAACUUAAAACCAGCUCCUUCCCCUCUUCCAGAGUCGCAAAUCGUCCCGGCAACUGAGAAGCCGCGACCCGAACAGCCGCGUAAAUCUACCGAUUCCACGGAUUGCAUCAGGUCACCUUUUAGCCGGAAAGGCGUAAACAAACGAUUUCCGGGGCUCCCUUCGCCUGUGCGGGACAUUGAUAUAUCCUUUGCGAGCUCCGGAAGCUCCGGCACAGCUCCAAGGCUGUCCAACCUCUCAGAAAAUGAAAGAGAUCAGAGCUUCGAGUCGGUGGUGCCGUGUGGACAGAACACAAUGGAUAUGAGCUCUCCACAUGAUUUCUCAUAUUCUUCGCAGGACAGUGACAGACACUCGGACUUAUCUGCAUCAACGGAUGAUGUUGAAGCUGAAAUGAGGAGGCUAAAACUUGAGCUCAAGCAAACUAUGGAAAUGUAUAGUACUGCCAGCAAAGAAGCACUCACAGCAAAACAGAAGGCAAGAGAACUCCAGCUGUGGAAAAUGGAAGAGGAACGGAGAUUGAAGGCGGCAUGGCUUGUCGAGGAAGCGGCGUUAACGGUAGUAGAACAGGAGAAAGCUAAGUCGAAAGCAGCAAUGGAAGCGGCCGAAGCGGCUCGGAGAACAGCGGAACUUGAAUCACAGAAAAGAGUGAAAGCAGAGAUUAAAACGCUCAAGGAACAAGCGGAAAAGACCAAGGCACUUGAUGCACUAGUGCAAACAGAUUUCAGGUACAGGAAGUACACCAUAGAGGAAAUCGAAACUGCCACCGAAUUCUUCUCGGAAGCUCUCAAGAUUGGAGAAGGAGGUUAUGGCCCUGUGUAUAAAGCUCAUCUGGACCAUACUCCAGUCGCGAUUAAGGUCUUGCGCCCCGAUACGGCUCACGGAAGGUCACAGUUUCAGAGAGAGGUAGAGGUUCUAAGCUGCAUACGGCAUCCCAAAAUGGUCCUCCUAUUGGGAGCCUGUCCGGAGUACGGAUGCCUAGUAUACGAGUUCAUGUCGAAGGGAAGCUUAGAGGAUUGUCUCUUCCGUCGAGGAAACACUCCGACCCUGUCCUGGCAGCUUCGGUUCCGAAUCGCAGCCGAAGUCGGAACAGCCUUGUUGUUCCUCCACCAGACUAAACCCGAACCCAUAGUCCACCGUGAUCUAAAACCAGCCAACAUCUUACUCGACCGCAACUACGUCAGCAAGAUCAGCGAUGUCGGGUUAGCCAGGCUAGUUCCUCAAUCGGUGGCCGACAACGUAACACAAUAUUGGAUGACCUCGGCCGCCGGAACUUUCUGUUACAUAGAUCCGGAAUACCAACAAACAGGCAUGUUAGGAGUAAAGUCCGAUAUAUACUCCCUUGGGAUCAUGCUUCUGCAAAUGAUAACAGCGAAAUCACCGAUGGGAUUGGCUCACCAUGUGCAGCGGUGUAUCGGAAGAGGGAGCUUUGCUCAAGUGCUGGACCCGACUGUUCAUGAUUGGCCUGAACAAGAGGCCUUGAGCUUCGCUAAGAUUGCGCUUAACUGUGCAGAACUGAGGAGGAAAGAUAGACCGGAUCUCGGCAAAGUGGUGUUGCCGGAACUCAACCGCUUGCGAGAACUUGCUGAAGAAACCAUGCACUCAACUAUGGAAGAUGGCAGUCCAGGAGAUUCCCCUAACUGUUCCCAAGUUUCACUACAAUUAGAGAAUUCAAGUCAUUCUAAUUUUGCGGACUCAGACGAUUUCUCGAGAAGUGAGAAUUUAUAG